AUGGUUUUACAUAGAGAUGUUGUAGAGAAAUCGUCAAGUAAUAAUACUGAAAACGAAUAUAAUCAAAACAUAUCUGGAAGUACUGAAAAUGAAAGUCAAAAUAAAGAAGAUAAAGCUUUAAAUAAAAGUAACAAUAAUAUUAAUGCAAGCAGUGAUAGUGCCAAUGAAGACAAUACCGAUGUCAAUGACGACGAGAAAAGUUAUGAAAAAGAAGAAACGCAAGCUCACGGUGCUUCUGAAAUAUCGAAAAGAGAUAAUUAA